AUGUCACGUGGACGGAUGAAAUGUUCGGUACUUCCUGAUGAAGGUGGAAGUAAAAUUAAGGACAAAAGAAGUCUACAUAGUCGUUUAAUUACACAGGAACAAAUCGUUGGUCGAAAAUUUGUUCGAAGACCUAAAGCAAUAACAACAAUAAAAGGAAAGUUAAGCGUGCAAGAAGAAUGGAUGCAAACUGCAGCUCAAUUAGGUAUACGAGGUAUACGGAAGGAAUUUGUCAAUGAAAUCAAAAAUUACACUCCCAAAAAUGCUGCGAUGGAGGCAUGGAAUCUCGAUCAGAAUUUCGACAAAAAUAGAUAUGAAGACAUCAAACUGGAGGAUAAAACAAGAGUUAAGUUAAAAAAGAUACCUAAUAAUGAUGAUGAUUAUAUUCAUGCAUCUUAUGUUAUUGUAUCAAAUGACCUCACAUAUAUAUGUGCUCAAGGACCGCUACUAAAUACUGUACAGGAUUUCUGGAUAAUGGCUAUACAAGAACAAACGAAUGUAAUCCUUCAAUUAUGUCAGAACAAAGAGAACGACCGUGAACAGUGUUCCGAAUACUUCCCAAAUGAAAGCAUUGGAUGGAAAGAAUACGGAGCAGUUCGAGUUCGUAUCACGGAACCAACUUCUGGUAUUGUCACGCUUAAGAAGGUAACACGGACGAAAAUUGAAGCUUCAUAUUCUGAUAAAAAACAAGAGGUAAUGCAUAUCGCUUACGCAGGAUGGCCAGAUCAUUCCGUUCCCGACUCACCCGCUACCUGUCGCGAAAUUUAUAGUUUGUUGCGCAAAUAUUAUGGCAAAAAGCCAAUAAUCGUGCAUUGUAGCGCUGGUGUUGGGAGGACAGGAACUUUUGUUGCCAUAGAGAUGGCAAUGGAGAAAUUGCGUAAAAAUGAAACUUGUAUUGUUGUGGAUAUAACGAAGAAACUGCGAGAACAACGUUUGCAUGCUGUACAAAACGAUUUGGUAAGCUAA